GCCAUGAUGAUAGUGAUGAUGUUGGUGGUGGUUGAGGGGGUGGUGGUGAUUAUGAGGGAUGAUGGACACAAUACCGAUAAUAAUCACUUCCGAGAGAGAGAAAGGGAGAGAGAGAGAGAGAGAGAGAGAGAGAGAGAGAGAGAGAGAGAGAGAGAGAGUAUAUGUGAGGGGAUGAAGAGAUCAAGAGAGGAAAAAGAGACAAAACGGGGAAAUUAUAGGGAGUGAAAACGUGCUGAGAGAUUUUCAAGAGUCACGUUAUUACUGAAGAGAGAGAGAGAGAGAGAGAGAGAGAGAGAGAGGAGAGAGACAGAGAAAGGAGAAAGACAGAGAGAGGAGAGGAGAGGAGAGAGGAGAGAGAGAGGCGCGAUAACUGCGUUUGUCCUUCUCAGUUUUGUGACCGGCUGACGGGCAGAACGGGCGACGGACGAAGAAACUUGAGACAAUCACACCGAGAGGCGACAUUCAAAAGGGCGUUCAAGUCUCCGUGGGAAACUGAAUGAGACGCCUCGCAAGAGGAGUGGGGAAAAAAAAACAGCAGAGAGAGUCUUGGUGAGAUAGAGGAAGAUAUUAGGCAGCGUGGAAAAAAAAACAAAAAAAACAGAGGGAGACAGAGUGACUGACACCUGCCCUCCAGCUCAGUGUGAAGGGCAAAGAAUGGCAGAGUGAGAGGAGGGGCAUGAAAAGAGGGAAAACAGAAGAGAGAAUGAAGACAACCGGAAAACAAGGCCUGCCUCACAGCAAACCUCGAUCAAAUUAGGACAUCUCACCACAAGACAAGAUGAUUACAAGAAAUCUGCUCCUAUUGGUUUUCCUGUACCUGUGGGAGGGGCUUUUAGGAGGUGCCUCGGCCAGUAAAAUUGUCCGGAGGAGGGGAGUGGGAGGAUCGCAUAUGGUGAAGCUAGGGGACAGCAGAGCUGUGGACCAAUGGGAUGGAAGUGUGGACGCGAAUGCGAUGCCCGUGGUGACUCUUAGGAACCUGAUUAGUCAUGAGCAGGCGGGUGACACUGGAUCUUAUUCCAAAAUCCUGCAGAAUCAUGCUUUUAAGCCCAAGCGUGAGGUUGACUCUGUCAAUAAAAAAGAAGGGACUCCACACAUGUUGGCCAAUAACAAGGAGUUAAAUCAGGAUGUGAAGAAAGUUAAGAACAACACCAAGAGUGCUGAGGCUUCUGCUAAGACCGGAAGAUCAGAGAAGACAUUCACAAUCCAUCAUAAGCAAGAUUUACACACCAACAAAACCAGGUUUAAAUCGGGCUCUAGAUCCAGGAGCCGACCUGAUUUGAGUGUCCACUCUACAGGAGUGCCAGGAAAAGGAUUCAGCCUAGAUUCAAACCGAAAGAUGAACCUCACUGGUAGUUAUGGGGUUCUGAAGCUGCUGUCAAAAGACAACCUAGUCAGAAUCGUCAAUUCCCAAAUGCAGAGCGUUCCCAGCCUGAGCUUUCCGAGCAAGGGCAGCCGGAGCAGGAAGAGAGAUUUGAUUGACGUUAAUCACGGACAGUUAGAGGCUCAGAAAAUGCCGAGACAAGAUACAGCUGUCACUCAGUUUCACUCUGGAUUCGAUAAUCAGACUGCAUUACCUUAUGUAAGCCCAGUCACCACUCCAGAUCUUAAUCAAGACCUCAGCACCAACACUCGUAAUAAUCCGCUAAGUGAGGUCAACCCUGCUUUAAGUAAAGCACAGGGUAACUUGGGAAUACAGUAUUCAGAUAGUGGCGAUAGCAGGACCAAACACCUCGUCCGCUUACUGUCAACACCUCGCAACGAGGUCAGUCUCAGCCCCGAGAAGGAAAUAAUAAUCAGCCAAACAGAACCACCAUUUACAUCGACAAAACAUUUCCCACUUUAUGUUCCCUCUGAAACAAAUGAUUCUCCACCGUCUGUGCUGACAAUGCAACCCCUGGGAGUAAGGCUGGGGAACAGAGCAGCAGAUUCCCAUAGAGACCCAUUAACGGAGUCAGUUCACACUGCUCAAAUAGAAUUCAGCACAGCUCAGUACCCUGCAGAUGAAGACAACAAACUUGUCAACAGCAGUCAUGUCCUGAGGCUCCACCCGGCUCCCGAAUGGAGCCACGGUACGAAAGAUGCUGGGAUGCAAGCUGUCGAUCCAGAAAAUGGGAAGGGCCUAGUGUUUGAAGAAGCAGAGUCAGAGGUGGAAGAGGAGCCGCGUGAGCGUAUGGAAAGGAAGGGGUCGCGCUCUCGCAGCAGGAGGAGCUGGAUCUGGAACCAGUUCUUUGUGAUUGAAGAGUAUGCCGGGCCUGAACCCGUGCUCAUCGGACGGCUCCACACCGACAUGGAUAGGAAUGAUGGACGCACUAAGUAUGUGCUGCGAGGCGAGGGGGCAGGCUCGGUCUUUGUGAUAGACGAGAAGACGGGUAACAUCCACGUCACUAAGCCACUGGAUCGCGAGGAGAAGGAUGAAUACCGUCUCGUAGCCACGGCCACCGACAAGCAGACGGAGCGUGCCCUGGAGCCCUCGUCACAGUUCAUUAUUCGGGUGCAGGACAUCAACGACAACCCGCCUGUCUUUGACGAAGGCCCCUACAGCGCCACCGUGCCAGAGAUGGCAAAUAUAGGAACGUCUAUAAUCCAAGUGACAGCGACAGAUGCUGAUGACCCGACUUAUGGGAACAGCGCCAAGCUAGUGUACACACUGGUGCAGGGCCAACAGUACUUCUCUGUUGAUCCCCAGACAGGUAUCCUGCGCACGGCUGUGCCCGACAUGGACAGGGAGACCCAAGACCAGUAUCUGGUUCUGCUUCAGGCUAAAGACAUGGGAGGCCACCUGGGAGGAUUAUCUGGGACCACCACUGUCACUGUCAGGCUCACUGACGUCAACGACAAUCCUCCACGCUUCACUCAAAGUAUGUGGUCCUUCUCUGUUUCCGAACUGGCCAUCCCGGGGGCUGAGAUAGGGCGUAUCUCGGCCACUGAUGCUGACCUCGGGGAAAAUGCCAAGCUGGAAUAUACCAUCCUGGAAGGGGAGUCGGGGGACACGUUCAACAUCACCGGAGUGAACCAAGAGGCGGUCAUCACGCUAAACAAGGCGGUAGACUACGAGAGCCGAAGCUCCUACUCCUUCUCUGUGGAGGUUCUCAACCCCAUAGUGGAUCCACGCUUUUUGCGUCGAGGCCCCUUCAAGGACCGGGCUUCAAUCAGAGUAGCGGUGCUGGAUGCAGACGAGCCUCCGAGGUUUUCCCGAGCCCGAUACCACAUGGAUGUGUCUGAAAACUGCCCACCAGCUUGCACUGUGGGCCGGGUCAGCGCUGUGGAUCCUGAUACUGGUCUUACCAAUAAUAUCAGGUUCUCUAUUGAUCCCCAGUCAGACCCGGAGGCUCUUUUUCGUAUUACCCCAGACACCGGCCUCAUCACCACAGCCAUGGAAUUGGAUCGGGAACGCGAGCAUUGGCACAACAUUACUGUCAUCGCCACUCAGAGAGACAAUCCCAGCCAGGUGUCCAGAGUUGUGGUCGCAAUAGAGACAUUAGACCUAAACGACAACGCGCCCGAACUGGACAGGCAAUACACGACGGCCAUCUGCGACUCAUCCUCCAUCGGGCAGGUGGUGCAGGUGUUGCGGGCGAUUGAUAGAGAUGAGGGAGGGAAUGACAGCACUGUGUAUUUCAGCAUCCCUCCGGAGUCCAACGCUGCCCUCAACUUCAGCGUCAGGGACAGUGGUGGCCCCACAGCCAGCCUGGUUCUGCUGUCCCAGCUCCAGCCGCUGUCCCGCUCUGCAUCCUCCAUGCUGACGCUCUUCGUGCCAUUGGUCCUAAGGGACGGUACGUCAGGCCUCACCAGCACCGGGACGGUCACCGUGUCCGUCUGUCCCUGCCUGAGAGGAGGGGCACGGGCCGGGGAGAAAGAGAAGGACAAGGCGGGGACACAGGCUGAGGGCGAGUUGGACUGGGAAAGAGAGGCAGUGUGUCUCCCUCAGCAGUCCACACUACCUUCCCCUGGGCUCAGUACAGCUGCCUUGCUGGCUAUCCUGGCUUGUGUUGCUACACUACUGGCGGUGAGUGCCCUGUCAUUGUCGUUGCGGCGUCAGAAGCGCGACUCCCUGUCACCGCUGGAGGAGGAUGACGUACGUGAGAACAUCAUAACGUAUGAUGACGAGGGCGGGGGUGAGGCCGACACUGCCGCCUUUGACAUUGCCGCCCUUCAGAGUGCCCCACACAGCUCACGCUCACGUGGCUAUCGCACACUGGACAGCAGGAAUGUACGUUACGCCCAUCGUAGCCAAGACAAAGCUCGCACCUACAGCUGGGCUCAGAAUCCGGGUGUGGAUCACAACUACACAGGACCAGCUGGACCUCUCUAUGGUCGCCUCUGUUACAGCAGCCACACGUUACCUGUUCUCCGCCGCACCCCAGGCGGAACGUUUGAACCAGGCCUAGCAGAGCUCGGAUAUCGUUUUCCUGGAGGACAGCCAGACCACUCUUUGGUAAUCCAGAACCAGGGGGCCAUGGUCGGGCCGAUGGAGUCCGGUGCAGUGUACAUAGCUCCCACAGACCUCAGCACAGGAAGCCGAACGGGGAGUCGCACUGGAAGCCGUGACGGGACUGCACCCCAAAGUGGUGUAAGCACGUCGGAUGGGGGAACGCCGAGGACCAGUGGCAGCCAGGAGAGAGGAGGAGGGACAGGAACUGCAAGCAACUGUACAGAAGGGAGCAGUGAGGACAAAAUGAACCACAAUCAAGAUGUGGACUGGGUGCAGUCGGAGACGUUACCCAGGGAGCAUACCCUCGUCAUGACCCGAUCUGGCUCCAUGAUGGGCCAGGGUCACGGCGCAGGAGGCUGGGUGUGCGAUUCAGCAACCCUUCCCAUGGCGGGACGCAGGGCCUCCCGAGCCGGCUUGUCCCCAAAACGCACAAGCUCCGGCCAGGCUGAAUCUGACUCCAGUGGAGGAGGAGGCGGGGGAGGGGGAACUGGAGGUGGAAAUGGAAGUGGGGGAACCUCCACGGAUGGACAACAGCAACCUGCCUGUGGACGCAACUAUGCCACUGUCCUGCAGGGGGAGGUAUCUGGACAGAGGGACUAUCCUGGCAGCUUGGGGAGAGGAGGACUGGAGAUGGGGAGCAACUUUGUGGUGGCAAGGCCAGACAGGGAGGGCGGAGGGAUAUCAUCUGUCUACCCAGAAUCAGCUGGCCUUAUUGGGGACUGGCGUGAUCGAGUGGGUCUGGGGGGGUAUGUUUUGGGUCGGAGGGAUAUAACCCCCCAGCUUUUUCCCUUCCCGGGGCAGCCUCGGGCAGGAUACGGCGGAGUGAUGGGCUUUGGGGCUGGCUGGGUUCCAGGAAUGGAUGCUGCGAGAGGAGCACAAGGGCCUGGUGGUCCCUCCUUGGCACUGAGGGUGGGUGAGUUCCUACGUCUGCGUCUUGCCCAAGUCACUUUUGACCCAUCACAGCCACCGUACGACUCUGUGCAGGUGUACGGCCUGGAGGGUACCGGGUCCCGGGCUGGAUCCCUCAGCUCCCUUGAGAGCGAAGGAGAGAAGGAUGCAGAGAAGGAGGAGUGGGGGGCAGGGCUGGAUGAGUGGGGUCCCCAGUUCCAGAAAUUAGCUCAACUCUUUAAAGAUAGGGAGAAAGAAAGGGAAGAUAAGGAUAAAGGUGAGGAGGGUGCCAAAAAGGAGAAGGAAAAGAAAGACGAGCUGGAGAGGAAAGAGAAAAAAGAGGGAGGAGAGGUGGCUGGAGAAGAGAGGAAAGACUGAGGAAGGAUAAAAAUGAAACAAAUAGGGGCAAAGGGGUAAGAGAGGAGUGGAGGGAAUAGGAGGAUGAUGAAAAGGCAACCAGAGCUAGAAUAAUGUGAAGAGAAGUUAAAGGGGAGAAAGAUGAAGAGGCAAAGUAAUAAAAAGAGACAGAGAAAAAUGAGCCUAGGGAGGAUGGAGAAUGCGAGGGCAGGGGAGGGAGUGAUUGAUGUAAUUUAAAGCAAUAAGUGUUGAAACGCUGAUAUGGUUGAGCACAGAUACUGAGACAAUGCAGAGGCUGCUUCUGCUCGGGGCAGCAACAAUUUGUUAAACGCUUUGGACAAAGAAAAACAACCCAAACAUCCAAGACUCGAUUUAAUUCAACUCUCACGUAUGGAAUGAGAAACAGCAGGAAACAAGAAGGAAGACGUUUCUUGUUGCGAGUGUUGGUCUGUUCUUUCUGUCUGCAUGUGUGUUUGUGCGUGAGGAAAGUCUGUGAGGGGAUGUGUGAGCAAAAGUGUGUAUGCGCACUCGUACGUGCACAAACUCAGCAAAGAUGGAACAUGGAGAAACAACGAUACCCAGAGAUAAUUUAAAGAUGAGCCUAAUGACUGAUGAUACAUACGCUGCAAGAUUAGUUUUCGGGACAACGUGCGAGAGUAAACAUUUAAUAGGGAAGUUUAGAAACUAGGAUAAGACACAAGGGAUAAAAUAUAUAUUUGAACACAAUGUAAAGGGGACGGGAUGGAUGUAUAGAGGAAUGGUCAGGUAAGUGAGAUGAUUGUACAGAAUCUUUUUACUCCAUCUGCAGUGGCAGAAAAGUGAAUUAUUCAGCUCACUACUUCAUUCCAAAUGAAAAUGAUGAAUCAUUUAAAUCCUGCAAAAGAUUCUCCCUCCUCUCAGCCCACAAGGAAAAUAGACAUUGUAAAAAAUUUAAAUGAUUUAGGGAUGUGAUACCCCGACCUCUCUCAUCCCCGCAGCUUUCUGUAGUUGAGUGUUGUUUUUUUUGU